AUGAAUCGUUCAGUGCAAUUUGUGAACCAAUUGAUCACAGGAAAGAAUCCGUUCGUUCACGAAUCGGACAUUGUGUGUCACAGGCAGUGGUGGUUCCUUCAGAAUGGAAUUAAAAAAGUAGAAGUACAAAACUCCUUCAGUGGGCGGAGUCACGGUUUCCACGGCAGCGGCGGCGGGAGGAGGGCCCAGCUGCGCUACUGUGUGCGUGUGCUCAGAUCCGUGGCAUCUGUGGAGCACGAGCCGCUCCUGCAGGACCUGUGCGAUCAGGGCGCCAUCGGCCAGCUCUUGGGUGUGCUGCGCUGGUUCCUGGGGAGGCCGCAGGACGAGGACGCUGUGGCUCUGGAGAUCCAGACGGACUGUCUGUUCCUGCUGUCUGUGCUCUGUGAGGGAGACGUGCACAGGAAGGAGCUGUUCGGGACUGACGGGGUGGAGGUGCUGAUCCAGUAUCUGAGUCUGGACGCCGCGCUGGUCUCCAGCGGUCUGGGUCACAAUAAACUGCUGCUGUCCACCGUCGACUGUCUUUGGUCCUGUGUGCUGGGGUGUUUCGGUACGGAGGAUGUGUUCGUGGCCGGCGGCGGCGUGGAUCUGCUGCUGCAGCUGCUGCAGCGGAGCCCCAGACACAUGCUGACGCCGCUCGUGUCCGUGCUGCUGGAGCUGUGUGAGAGUCCCCAGGCCAUCACACGCCUGCUGCGCUGGAGCGGAGAGAGAGACGCCAGCGCACCGCAGCUGCUGCUGCACAUCUGGAGGAGAGAGGAGGAGCAGACGGGCGUCUCACGAGACCCACACGGCAUGAUCACAGACGUGAAGCGGCCGAUUGUCUCUCGGCAUCAGGAUGAAUCUUCAUCAUCAUCAUCAUCAUCACAUGACGUCAGUGCUGCUGUCAGAGACGUGUCAGAAAACCUGCGUGCAAACAUCUACUGCAUCUUCUGCAAACUGGGAUUUGAGCGUCUGUCGGGUUUGAGUGCCGAAGAUCACGUCACGCUCAGCAUAAUCCACCGAUACCUGGACUUCAAGCUGUGUGAGGUUGUGCAGGAGCUGUGGAGUGAGGCAGCGGCGGUCGUUCCGUCGGAUGAAGCGGCGCUGAAGAGUGUGCUGCAGGUCAGUGAAGCCAUGGCCGAGAGCGUGCGCUCGCUGCAGCAAAGCAUUCUGGGCCAGCGGCAGCAGCAGGAGCUGCAGGAGGAGCAGCGGCUGUAUUCAGAGAUCCGCUUCACUCAUAAGCAGCGAGAGAUCGCAGCAGACGCCUGGAAGAGUUACGUGGCCAGAACCUCAAACUACAGCGUCCUGAAGGAGUUCAGGCGUCUUCGGGAGGAGCGGAGCACCAGCGAACACGACGCAGCAUCAGAGCCAGAGGACCUGCGGCGAGAGUUCGGCCGAUACGGACCCGUCGCCGACGUCUACAUCCCCCUAGACUUCUACUCUCGCCGGCCCAGAGGAUUCGCGUACAUUCAAUAUCCUUUGACUGCGAGUGUUAACCCUGAUCUCUCUGUUGUAGCGGCGUCUCCUGCUGGAGCCCGGCACAAAGACACAGUUAAAGAGCCCU